GCAGAGCCGAGAGAGAUGCCAGCAAGACUGAAGAAGCACAGGAAAGAGCGCGGAGGGAUGCACUGCGGUAACGGCCGUAUCGGCAAGCACCGCAAGCAUCCCAGCGGUCGCGGUAACGCUGGUGGUCAGCACAUGCACAGGAUCGCCUUCGACAAGUACCAUCCUGGCUACUUCGGUAAGGUCGGUAUGAGGUACUUCCACUACAAGAAGAACCCCUACCACAGACCUUCGGUCAACAUCAACCAGAUCUGGUCGCUCGUGGGAUCUGACCAGAGGAUGAAGCUGGCUACCAACACUUCUGGGUCGAUGCCUCUGAUUGACGUUACCCAGUUCGGUUAUUUCAAGGUUCUCGGAAAGGGAGAGCUCCCCUCGCAGCCCAUUGCUGUCAAGGCCAAGUUUUUUAGCAAGAUGGCGGAGACUAAGAUCAAGAAGGCUGGCGGAGCUUGCAUACUUACUGCAUAGAUUUAAGUUUGCUCGAAAUGAAAUAGUACCAAAAGGCA